UGCACAUUUUCUCAAGUGUGUUCCUCAUCCCUAAUGUGUAAUCCUUCAACAUGGACCUGCUCCUUUAGCUAAGAUAUGACCAGCAAUGAAUAGUAGUAAGAUAUGUGCUGAUUAGAAGGCUCACAGUGCAGUGUGGAGGAUAAGACAGUGCCUUACAAAAAUGGGGUUUGGGAGUGACCUGAAGAAUUCACAUGAAGCUGUGUUAAAAUUGCAAGACUGGGAGUUACGAUUACUGGAAACAGUGAAGAAAUUUAUGGCUCUGAGAAUAAAAAGUGAUAAAGAAUAUGCAUCUACUUUACAGAACCUCUGUAAUCAAGUUGAUAAGGAAAGUACUGUUCAAAUGAAUUAUGUCAGCAAUCUAUCCAAGUCUUGGCUACUUAUGAUUCAGCAGACGGAACAACUUAGUAGAAUAAUGAAGACACAUGCAGAGGACCUAAAUUCUGGACCCUUACACAGGCUCACCAUGAUGAUCAAAGACAAGCAACAGAUGAAGAAAAGUUUUAUAGGUGUUCAUCAGCAGAUAGAGGCAGAGAUGAUCAAGGUUACAAAGACAGAAUUAGAGAAAUUAAAGUCCAGCUAUAGACAGUUACUAAAAGAAAUGAAUUCUGCCAAAGAAAAAUAUAAAGAAGCUUUAGCUAAAGGGAAAGAAACCGAAAAGGCCAAGGAACGAUACGACAAGGCCACGAUGAAACUUCAUGUGUUGCAUAAUCAGUAUGUAUUGGCAUUGAAAGGGGCACAGCUUCAUCAGAAUCAGUAUUAUGACACCACACUUCCUUUGCUUUUGGACUCCUUACAAAAGAUGCAAGAAGAAAUGAUAAAAGCACUAAAAGGUAUAUUUGAUGAAUACAGCCAGAUAACCAGUCUUGUUACAGAGGAAAUAGUAAAUGUCCAUAAAGAGAUUAAGAUGUCAGUUGAACAGAUAGACCCUAGCACGGAAUAUAAUAAUUUUAUAGAUGUUCAUAGAACAACAGCUGCUAAAGAACAGGAAAUUGAGUUUGAUACUUCCUUACUAGAAGAAAAUGAAAAUCUUCAGGCAAAUGAAAUUAUGUGGAAUAAUUUAACAGCAGAAAGUUUGCAAGUAAUGUUGAAAACUUUAGCAGAGGAACUUAUGCAGACACAGCAGAUGCUUUUAAACAAGGAAGAGGCUGUCCUGGAGCUAGAGAAGAGAAUUGAGGAGUCUUCUAAGACCUAUGAAAAGAAGUCUGAUAUUGUGCUUCUGCUAAGCCAAAAACAGUCUCUUGAAGAGCUGAAACAGUCAGUCCAGCAGUUGAGAUGCACUGAAGCAAAGUUUACAGCACAGAAAGAAUUACUGGAACAAAAAGUACAAGAAAAUGAUGGGAAAGAGCCUCCUCCAGUAGUAAAUUAUGAAGAAGAUGCACGAUCAGUUACAUCUAUGGAAAGAAAGGAGAGGCUAUCCAAGUUUGAGUCUAUUCGUCAUUCAAUUGCUGGAAUAAUUAGGUCUCCAAAAUCUGCACUGAGCUCUUCAACAUACGCUGAUGCAGUUACUGUAAGCGAGAAGCCCCUGGCGGAACAGGACUGGUACCAUGGCGCAAUUCCCAGAAUAGAAGCGCAAGAACUUUUAAAACAACAAGGAGACUUCUUGGUGCGAGAAAGUCAUGGGAAACCUGGUGAAUAUGUCCUUUCUGUAUAUUCUGAUGGACAAAGGAGACACUUUAUCAUACAGUUUGUUGAUAAUGUGUAUCGAUUUGAAGGCACUGGUUUUUCAAACAUUCCUCAACUAAUAGAACAUCACUAUACCACAAAACAGGUCAUCACUAAGAAAUCAGGUGUAGUUCUGCUGAAUCCUAUACCUAAGGAUAAGAAAUGGGUUCUCAAUCAUGAAGAUGUCACUUUGGGAGAACUGCUGGGCAAGGGGAAUUUUGGUGAAGUAUAUAAAGGCAUAUUAAAGGAUAAAACUGCUGUUGCUGUUAAAACGUGUAAAGAAGAUCUUCCUCAGGAACUGAAAAUAAAAUUUUUACAAGAAGCCAAAAUUCUCAAGCAAUACGAUCAUCCCAAUAUUGUCAAGCUUAUAGGCGUUUGCACACAAAGACAGCCUAUCUACAUCAUUAUGGAACUGGUUCCAGGAGGUGAUUUUCUCUCCUUUCUGAGAAAGAAGAAGGAUGAACUAAAACCCAAGCAGUUAGUGAAAUUUGCAUUAGAUGCUGUUUCUGGUAUGUCAUAUCUCGAGAGUAAAAACUGUAUACACAGGGAUCUUGCUGCAAGAAACUGCCUGGUAGGUGAAAAUAAUGUUCUGAAAAUCAGUGACUUUGGAAUGUCUCGUCAAGAGGAUGGUGGAGUGUAUUCAUCUUCUGGCUUAAAGCAGAUUCCCAUUAAAUGGACAGCACCAGAAGCUCUUAAUUACGGAAGAUACAGUUCUGAGAGUGACGUGUGGAGCUUUGGCAUCCUCCUCUGGGAGACCUUCAGCCUGGGGGUCUGCCCAUACCCGGGGAUGACCAAUCAGCAAGCACGGGAACAAGUGGAAAGAGGAUACCGAAUGUCAGCCCCUCAGAAUUGCCCAGAGGACAUUUUUAAAAUUAUGAUGAAGUGUUGGGAUUAUAAACCUGAAAACCGCCCCAAGUUCAUUGACCUUCAGAAAGAGCUGGCUGUCAUCAAGAGGAAAAUCACACAGUGACGGAUUAGUGCCAACAGGCUCCAGGACCUGGUUCUCCAGCAGAGUGACAUGGUUCUUCUCAUUAAUGUUGACUUUAUACCACAUUACCUGCAACAGUUUUUUAA